UGAUUGCUACGUUUCAUCUGAUUUCAUCAUUCAAUCUUCUGAUUCUGGAAUCGGGUUCUCGUUUUCAGCCACAAUUGAAUCAUGGCAUCGAUCGUCGUACCGGCGGUAUUUCGGUUUAGUCGUGUAAUGGUCGAUAAUUUCUAUCAAAUAAAUAAAAGUGGCUUACGCAGAUUGCCACAAGUAUCUUCUACAUUUUCUUGGCAAAGGCAAUAUUUUGGCACAAUAACGGAAGAAAAGAAACCAGAUGUACCUCCUAUGUCAAAGGCAACAAAGAAUGAAAAGAAACUGCAAAGUGAACUGGAGCUUAUUAACAAAGAAUUAGCUGAACUUAAGGAGUCUAAAGACGUAUUGGAAGAUAAAUAUAAGAGAGCAUUGGCAGAAGGAGAAAAUAUCAGAGUCAGACUCACCAAGCAGAUUAACGAUGCCAAGCUUUUUGGUAUUCAAGGCUUCUGCAAGGAUCUUUUAGAUGUAGCCGACAUAUUGGGAAAAGCUACUGAAAGUGUACCAAAAAAUGAAAUAACAGAGCAAAAUCCACAUUUGAAAAGUUUAUAUGAAGGUUUAGUCAUGACAGAAGCUCAGUUACAUAAAGUUUUCAAGAAACAUGGUUUAGUUUCACUGAAUCCGGUAAAUGAAAAGUUUGAUCCUAAUGAACAUGAAGCAUUAUUUCAACAAGAAGUUGAGGGCAAGGACUCUGGCACAAUUGUAGUUGUAUCGAAAGUAGGAUAUAAAUUGCACGAAAGAAUAGUGAGACCAGCAUUAGUAGGUGUUGCUAAGGGAUAACUAAUGUAAAGGUAGAUAGAGCAUCCAUUUUAUUAUAAAUUGUAAAAUCCUAUAAAGUUCAGUAUAAAAUAUUGAUGUACAUUGUAAUUUCCUUUUAAAUUUUUAUUUAAAAUAUAAAGUAGGAACCAAUCUGUUAAUAUAAAGUGUAAAAGUAGCAAAAAAAAAAUAUAUAUGCUACUUUCAUAUAAAGAUUUGUAGCAUUACUAUAUCAAUAUAUAUAGAAAUUCUCUUUUUUAAAUAUAUACGUUGUUUUCCAUUACGCAUAUACAAUUUAAUUUUUUACAAGGAGCUUAUAAAAAAAAGCGAUAAAAUCUAGACAAAAAUAAUGAUAUAUAUUCAUCUUCAGUUUGUAACAUAUCUUGACAUAAAAAAACCGAUAUCAUAAGAAUAUGAUAAAUCAUAACUGUACAAAUCUAUAUAAUAUUAAACAUUUGCUAUCAAA